AUGCCCUUCAGAGAUUGGAGCGAGCCGGUGCUGAAAGAGGAUCUUCCGAUCCCAAAACACGAACGGUGGUAUCAACAAUUGACCCCUACCCCUAACCGGGUAUUUGGGGAAAAUGUAUUGGUAGCGGCGCGCAUGAGUGACCAGUGGUCACCGGACAGCAAGGAAGUGCCAGUUCUGAAGAUUGGUGAUCAAGAGGCGCAACUGUACCAAGCUGCCUUUGCUACUUUUGGAGGAUCUAUGGGCGUGCGCCCCCUUCGCGAUGAUGAGGAAAGCUGGUAUGAGCAGAUUAGAGGCAAUUUCAUGUACCCGGUUGCUGAUGCAUUUGCCUCGCCGCCUACCGCAACCGAAGGUGCGCAAUUCCCUAAACCUCGUCCUUUGCGCUCUGUGACUUCUGCUGGGAAAGAGGUUGUCUAUCUUUCUAGCGAGGAGUCAGUAGGGUCUUCAAACGGCGAGCUAAGUCCGUGGUCUAACAUCUUUGCAGGUGUGUUGCGCGACCUGGGGGUUGACCCAGAAGAGAAGAAGAAAAAACCCUUGAAGAAGAAGAAGAUAGUCAACUUGGAUCCCGAGGUGACCAGUAAGGGGGCUGGUAGUAGUCGCGCAACCGCUGGUGCUGCUGGUAAAGGUACUUUUCGCCUUCGACAGAGUGACUUAAAGGAUUAUGUGAUAAUUAGUGAUUCACUUAAAGGCUUGUCGCGCGCAGCUGAGACGAAGACUGGAGCGGUUGGUUCAAAGAGCUCUGGAAGCGCGGGUUCUCGUAACCCUGAUGCUGGUGCAACUCCUUCCACUGCCGCGCAUGAAGAAGAGGAGGCUGAAGAAGAAGAGGAGGCUGCUGAACAGUUGAUCAGCAGAAAAAGAGUUAGAAGCGAGACCACCACUGGUGUGGCUUCCGCGUCGAUGGUUGGUGCGAUUCCCUUGGUUGGGAAAACGAGCAACUUGCGCUCUCUCUAUAAAUUUUCUCCCGAGAUCAAGAAGAAAACCCCUAAGAAGGGGGUUACAUUUACUGAGCCAGAGCCGAAGAGGCCGAAGAUUACCAUUAAAUCUUCCCAGACUGUUGGGGUUGAGUCUGCUAAGGACAAAAAUGUUGCUGAGAGGGAUGUGGCGAAGGCUGCUGAGGCGCAGAGAAAAGCUGAGGAGCGUCGGAAGAAAGUUGAGGAAGAGAAAAAGAGGAAAGCUGAGGAAGAUAGGAGGUCUGAAGAAGCGAAGAGGAAGAAAGCUGAGGAAGAGAAGAGGGCUGAAGAGGCGAAGAGGAAGAAAGCCUUUGAUGUGGAGAAGGAGAGAGAGCAGAAGAAGGCUAUGGAAAAGCCUAUCAAUGAUCCGGAGUUUGAGAUCACUAAGGGUCCUGAGAGGAGGAAAGAGCCUGAGGUUGCGAAGCCUACCCACCCCGCGCAUACUGAGGUUAUUGAUCGCACAAAGAUAAUUUCUACCAAGGGGUCGGGUCGGUAUGUUUCUAGUGGCGCAAGCUCUGGUGGCGCUGGGGGCUAUAACCCACAAGUUAUUGGGGCGAAGGAUACCCUUGGUGAUAUCUACUACAAAAGCUAUACCGAGGAAGAACGUGGUAAUGCCCCUCACCAAGCUCCCUGGGGUUUGAGGCAAAGGGACACCUUUCAAGAAUUUGGGCCUUGCCGCGAUUGGUUCCUAAACUCCUUUACUCCUGGUGAGGUUAAUUGGCAGAGGGCGAAGACCCAUGAAAGCCUGUAUCGAACUUACGUGAUCGGGGAGGCCAAUACUCGCGCCGCCAAUCAUCAAAUAGUUCGUGAGUGGCGAACAAUGGUUAGGGAGCGGGCGGAUUGGGAGAGUUAUCGCGAGCGGAUGUUGAAGCGUAUUAGCAAUUUUGAGAAGUCAAAAGCCGCCUUUGAUGAAGAGAAGGCCAUGUUCGAUGCCGACAAGAAAGCGGAGGAAUGGGGGCGGGAGGGCCUGAAAAACAAACUUCAAGCUGCCGAACAGCAAUUGGCUAAGGAGAAGGCCGAGUUUAAGCGCAUAUGCGAGAAAGAUAAUGAGCGCGCAUUCGCGGCUCGGAACAAGAUUGUCGAGCUUAAAGCCAAGAUUGUUGAGCUUACUGCGAAGGUUGAGGAUGCGCAAGCUGCGCAGGUUGCCAAGCAGCAGAUUGAGGUUGAGUUGGCUGACGUGAAGUUGCAGCUGUCAAGCAAAGAUAAGGAUCUACAGGCCAAGGAUGUCGAGAUCGCUGAGCUGAAACGCCGCCUGAAUGAUCAGGUUGAUAGAUGCGAGUCCUUGGAAAUUGACCUUGAAGCGGAAAAGGUUAAGGCUGCCACUGCUGAGGAAGCGCGUGCUGUUAAUACUGCCGCUCUCAAUGUAGCGCAGACUAACUAUUCUGAGGCGCAAGGCAUUGUUGAUACGCUUGUCUCCGAGGCCGAGUGGAUGCGCAGCCGCGGAGUAGUGCUGGUUGCCAAUUCUAUCCUUAACACUGGAGAGCUAGAUCGCGCUGUUGCUGCUCUAACAGAUGCUGCGCGUGCAGUAGGUCAUCGUGGAGGGUAUCUGGAAUGUGCGCAGCACGUUGAGGAGGUAUUUGGACAGGAGUUUGACGUGAGCCAUUGUCCGGUGACCGACCAGGCUAAUGCUGAGUUGACGCGUGCUGAAAGUGCUUAUGAUAACCUUACACUUCCUGUGAUGGACUUAGUCGUGCAGGCUCUAAAGCAAGACGACUGGUGUCAGCGUCUCAAGGCCAUCCUCGAUCCACCGAUAACUGUUGAACUAUCAGAUGAGGAGCCAGCUGGUGAUGAUGGUGGGAACGAUGACGAUGACGACGGUGCUGACGGUGGGAAUGAUGGUGAUGACGGUGAUGAACUUGAAUAG